AUGUAAAGUGAUUAUUAUGAGAGUGAUAAUAUCGAAGUUCUUCCUGAGGAGUAUAAUGAGAAGAUGACACCCAAGGAAAAGGUCACUCUUAAAGAACAAAUUGAAUUUCUUCAGCAAUAAACAGCUCUUCUCAAAUAAUCUAUGGAAUUAGAAUAAGAAUUAUAAGUCGAUAAUCCUAUUGCCUAUUUGAAUGCCAUUGAAAAUAAUUUGGAAUCCCUUAAAGUCACGAAUUUAUAGCAGAGGAUACAAUGCUUGGCAAUAUUAGGAUCUGGAGCAGAAAAGUGUGUUACAUUAAAAUGUGUUUUGCCACAAUCUGAUAAUUUGAAACGCUUCCAAAUGUUGGAGAAAUAAGUUCAUUUACUGGAAACCAUAGUUGGACAGAAGCCCUAUCAAAACAAUUCAACUAUAAUGCAAGACUUAAAUGAAGUGUAGUCAAUUCUCAACUCAAUCUAAGCAGAAAACAAAGAUAUCAAAUUAGGAUUCACAUAGACUCUACCAUAAAUAGAUAAAAUCAAUGAAAUCUUUAGGUUAGUCUAAUUGUUGGUUGGUAUUGCUGAUUUGCUUCCAAACAUCAUUACCAGACUGGAAUAAUUAAAAAAUGCUCAUGAUCAAAGCAUCUAAUAUUAAAAUUAACUAAAAGAAUUAUAAAUCAAACACACUAAAGUUUUGGAUUUGAUAACAAGCAACAGAGCAAGAAUCAAAGCACUUUGCACUAAACUUGCUUAAAAAUGA